AUGGUUGACAUUGUUUAUUUAAAAGAUAUUGUCAAUUUCCCUGCAGAUCGUUCAACUCGAAAUAAUUUAGUCUUUUUGGUUGGGAAUUAUCUCUACACCAUAUGGACUUAUCGAAAUAUCGUACGACAUCAACAUCAUCGUAACCAAGACUUGGAUCCAUCGAUAGCAAUUCGACGGUUCAUAGCUGCUACAAAGGAAUUACCUUUUGAUAACGGUUGA